AUGGCUUUGUCCGACCUGCUGUAUCCUAUAUUCCUCUUCCUUUCUCGUCUUACACUUCUGCACCUUGCAUUUGACGGGUGGCUAAUUGGUGGUCCCCUUGGUCAAGCCUUGUGUAAGCUACCAAGUUUCCUUGCAGACGCUUCCACUUUGGUGUCGUUUCAAAGCCUUAUUCUGAUAACAGUGGAUCGAUUUCAAGCUACUGUAGUUCAACUCCGCUCUCCGCUCAUCAGUCGCAAGUUUUGUCGCUUCUUCAUUCUUGCCACAUGGAUUGUGACAAUGGCCGUUCGUUCGCCAUAUUUUGUUGCUUUCCAACUUGUUGAAUACCCAAGGGGCAUAAAGUGCAAGAAACCGUGGCCGGAAGCCUUCGGAGAAACUACAUGUAGUAACUACCUUCUUGCAGUUGCUAUCAUGUUUUUAUACAUCCCAUUUGUUCUGUUUUUGUUACUUUACUCCAUCAUCCUGUUCACUCAUCAUAGGGGAACUUGA